UUUCACCCAAAGUGGGCACUGAGGAUACCUGAGAAACUUUGACCACAUCUCUUCCACCUUGAUGCCUUUCUUUGCUCCAUGAACAAUGGCAAUGAGUGAGGGAGAAUAUGUCCUCUGCAAAUGGAAGAAGCAAUUGUGGCCAGCAAAGGUUAGGAGCCGGACUUCCCGAAGGCAGAUUCAUCGCCUUGAGAUCUUGUGCCUGCAGAAACAGGUUAAUGUAUGCUGUACUGCUGUGGAACCCGUGAAGAAGGAAACCAUCGAAGACAUUGCCUCCAAGUUAGGUCAGAGGAAGAGAAGCUGCAAAUCUGUCGAGGCGGUGAUCUACUGCCAAGCUCUGAGGGAAGCUCUGAAUCUCUUGGAUCCUGUUGCACCAUCUGGAAAUGCUUCUCCAUUGCAAGGGGGACAAAAGUUAUCAAUCCAGAAAGACACCCUGGAAGAAGGUGAUGAGGAGUUCGCAAGUCAAGCAUGCUGUGUUUCCAAAGCAAAAAGGGCAGGAACAUCUCGGAAAGAACUGCAGUCAUCACCCAGAACCUGUGUGGAGAGAAAAUCAACCUGUUCCUCAAAGGGGGCUGUGAAAUGCCAUCAAGCUGCAGGCAGUCCCUCCUUCCAACCUUUGGAACAUUUGGUUAAUACCAGCACCCCAGCGGUGUCUCCUUCAUGCAAAUCCUGCUCCAAAUCAUCACUAGUCAGCAAGAAGGCAGGCAUGAGACCUGGGCAAGAAAAGACUUUGUCAGCAUCUCCCAUUGCUUUGGUGGCAAGUGAAUUCUCCAAGGAAAGAGAGGCUCCCCGUAGGAAAUACAGCAGAGUGUCCAGCGGCCAUCAACAUCCCGGGGGCUCGAAUGGAACUCUCACUCAGAACUAUGCGGAGUCUAUCUCUGAUCUUUCCCUACAACUUAAUCCUGUCAGAGAGAGCUCCUUGAGCCCAUCUUUAAAAGAUGACAGUGAAGAAGACGAAUUGCCCAGUUUCCUCUCAUCUCAAGAACUGGGUUCUAUUGAAGAAGGGGAGGUGGUUUGGUGUAAGCGCUGAAGAUACCCAUACUGGCCUGCUGUGGUGAGAAACUUGAACCAGAAGGCAAAGAAGGCCAGUGUGUGCUUCAUAGACAAAUACGUGGAGGACAAACCCAGAAGCAUUUCCAUCUCUCUCAAAAAUCUCAAACACUUUGACUGCAAGGAGAAGAAGAAGCUGAUAGAUGCAGCCCAAGAGAGUUAUAAACAUGAAAUUAACUGGUGCGUCAAUUUGAUAGAGGACUACUGGAUUAGAAUUGGUUGCAGUUCUUUUGUGGCAUCCUUCUUGGAAUAUUGCUCUGAUAUUAUGAGCUAUCCAGUUCGGAGAGAAGGCCUGAAUGUGUCCCAGAUGAACUUUCCACAGAUUGAAGAGGAGGAGGUCCAAGAGUCUCAUUCUGAGUGGACCCCCACAAGGCUGGUGAAGAAAUUACUUCCCGACCAGAUGUGGGCAGCCAGGAACAGAGCCAACAAAAAGAUUGUGGACUUCAUCAUCAAGGCCAAAAGGGCAGAUGAGCACCUCCAGUCCAUCUUGAAGAGGCAGAAGCCAUCACAGUGGCUGACAAAGUUCCUCUGUCCCUAUCAGAAAUUGACCUACAUUGAGACGUACCUGGAAGACGACUCCCAGCAAGAUCAAGUGUACAACUAUUUGAAGGGAAUUUUGGAGACAGAUGCUAAGAUUGUACAGCACAUCAAUGGGGACUGUAUCAGACUAAUCUUAGAUGUCCUCUUUCCAGAGGCCAUCAUAUAUGCAAUUUCAGCUGUGGAUCAGAUUGACUACAAGGAGGCAGAAGAGAAAUACAUGCAGGGGCCUUCAGUGGGCCACAGGGAGAGGAAACUGAAGAACAAAUUAUGGAGGAGAAGAGAUGAAAAAACCUGUAGAGUGAAAAACUCUGGAAGACAGCUGGGGAAGCCUUUCUCCACUCUGCGCAAGGCCUUAAUGUCCAUGUGUGUGUGCGCACGCAGAGUGGAGACCUUGUCUGUGUGUAAAGAAAUUUGA